AUGUCGGGAACCUACAUGCAGAACGACUUCUCGCGAUCGAGAUCUAUGAGCAGAUACAAUGACGACGAUUUCCCGGAAGAUUUCCUUGAGCCGCCAAAAGAGAAAGUGACUCCGGUAGUUACUGAAUCUUCUGUGCCGUCUUGUACUGCCUCCGCUCCAAGCCGCUCAUGCACACCACUCGCCAACAUAACCACUGCAAGCAGCAGCAACAACAACGUAGACGUCAACGCGGGAACGUCGAACUCUUUUUAUGACAACCCGGUCCAGUUUGUCGAUUCGCUGCUCAAUAACCAUGAUCUGUUCCUUCCGAGUUCUCCUGGUCCGGUCACUCAAAGCUCGCAUGGUUUCAGCAGCCCGAUUCUGUCAGGAAUCAACCACACAGUUGUGGCGACCUCCAAUUAUCACACUACCCAGAAGACAAACGGACCAUCCAUGCAGCCGCAGCAACAAGUUGGAAACUACAAAGGGUUCCUGGAGUGGUCCCUCGAUGAUGAAAUCAAUGCUGCAGCUGGACUGACUAGUAUGAAGUACGGUGGACACCCAGUCACUCAUAGCGGUCAAGAGAGCGAGGAAACGAGUUCUUCUGUUAAAACGUGUAAGUCUUUAGAAUAAAUAUGCUUGCAUGUACAUUGUAAGGUCGGAAAAUGGAAUGUUCUGGUAGUAGUGACUCGUAUGGAUCUAACCAAGUUUUUUGAAAACGAACGAAAAUGUCAUCCGUUUCAGUAUCUCCACACAAAGUAUUGAUUUAGCCUCUUUUUCAGCUGCCAAAGAAAGAAAGUCGCAGAACCUCGAUCUGAACUUGGAUGCUCGUUCGGAAAUGACGGACAGCGAGGAGUCAGAUGACGACUUUGAUGAAAAUGAUCCCAAAAACAGCGCUGCCGAGCUCACCAUGGAAUAUAUCGAAAAGGCGCUCGACAAGCCUCUUGGCAAACACGAGAAAAUCGACACGAAGGCUGUCUGCGCUCGUGUCGCCAGAGAAAUCAAAGAGUACAACAUUCAGCAGACGGCUUUUGCGAGGAAUGUCCUGGGCCGCAGUCAAGGAACACUUUCGGACCUUCUCCGCAAUCCAAAACCGUGGGCUUUGGUUAAAUCGGGACGUGCCACUUUUAUUCGAAUGCACAAUUGGCUUAACCUCGCGUACGAUCAAAAAAUGGUCACUGUGGAUAUGAGCACUGAGAAAGCGGGAACAGUUGCUGGAGCCAAGACGCGCCAUAGUGGCGAGAUAGAUGCGAAAAGGCAAGACUUAGUUUUUCGCUCAAGCGUUUUUGUUGAGUAGACGUUUAAUUGUUAAAAUUUUCCAGAAAGCACAAAGAAGGUGGAAGAAAGAAGAAUGAAGAAAAGAAGGCUCGACUAGUGUUCACCGAAAUCCAGAAACGCACGCUAGACGCAAUAUUCAAGCAAACAACGCACCCCUCACGAAAAGUGCAAAAGGCUAUCGCUGAACAUCUGGAGCUCAAGUUUUCGACUGUCAGCAACUUCUUCAUGAAUGCCCGCCGACGCGCACACAGCCACGUAGCGGUGUCGAACACGCUCGAACAACUGGCACCGAACCUUGAUAUUUUCAAGGAGGAGGUUUCUGAGAUCAAGGAAAUCCUGAAGUAG